ACUUGGGAGGUGCUCUUGUUUGGGAAGAUUUCACUCAGAUUUCAAAGGUUUGUUCUUCCCCUUUUCUCCAAAAUUUUGACUCUCCUUCAACUGUGACUGUGCAUGCAUCAUUUCGGUUGUAUUUGUCCUAUUUUUUGUCGAUUUCAUGUUCAAAAUCUUAACCUUCCUCUUGGAUUUCAAUGUAGAUCACAUACUCAUCAUGUCGCCACGUAGAGCUCGAGGAACCCGAAGCCAUCCACCUGUUCAGAGCCCUGAGGAGGCUGCCCCUGCUGCACCCUCACGUGGAGAGAGUCAAGAAGAGGGAGAAUAUCGAGUUGGAGCUGCUUCUCCUGGAGGUAUGGAGACUGAGGAGACCAGCUUCGUCCAGCAAAUGCAAGAUGUUCUGAAAGAAGGACCAGCUGACGUUCCACCCACUCCUGACGUUGAUCCAUCAGCUGCGGACACAGUCAAAUUAAAAGAAGCAGGUACCAGUAGUGGAGCUCUCGAAUCAGCCCCGACCAACGAAGAUGUCACAAUGCACGAAUCUGUUGGAGGAGAGACCACGCAUACAACAGAGGUCGAGGAAUUCAAUGAACAUCACCUCGAUUUCAAUCUCUCUGAAGGCGACCAUGAGUAUAUCUCCGACUUACUAUCGGGGAAAACUCCUGGUGCAGCCACGGAAUCCAACGUUGGAGUCGGUCCAACAGAAGCAGGUCCUUCUGAAAGACCAGUUGCUGGAACUGAUACUACUAUAAUCAUUGGUACGUCUGAUCGACUGGAGAGUAGUGAACUUGUGCCGUGGACAAGAACCGAAGUUGAUUUGCAAUCAUCAGUUCUUGAACCUCAACCUUCUACUCCUAUGGACCCCAUGAUGAUAGAAGUCACUGUCACUCCCCAGAUUAGUCCAGUUGCAACAAAAGCGAGACCAACUGAAGAAGUUGGUACAUCGGCCGAUGUUGUGACUAGAAUUGAAUCUCCUCUUAAAGAGUCUCUUAGUUUGGACCCGCCGUCCUCUGAGACUUUAGUUGAAAAAGUCCCUGAUGUAGCGGGUGCAUCAACAGCUACCAUUCCUGAACCAAUCUUGACUGUUCAGGAAUCCAGAUUAUCAUCCUUGAGCGAACCAAGUCAUGCUGAAGGUUCUUCCGUCGAAUUUGUUCCUUCAUCAUUAUCAACUCAAAUCCAAGCGUUAUUGGUUGAUGACGAUCCGGACAAGUCUGUUAUCUGCUCUAAUCUCCAAGGCUUCAUCUCCUUUUUGAACUCUAUGGUCGAUCGCAUUCUCUUCAAAAGAUCGUAUUUUGAGAAUUAUAAAAAAUCUUUUGAGCGUUUUAUAUCAGGGUUCAGAGAGGAAGGGUAUAACGACUUAGCCGAUUCAGUCACCGCUUAUUUGGUUGAUUUGAGGCAACAUAUUGAACUUCUGCAAACUCUUCGCACCAAAGGCGUACCUUUUUACAUCGCUUCUCAUAUGGAAUCCAGGCUGCAAGCGUGGCGUAAUUCUCAAGAAUCUGCCAACUCUGAACUCCAACAAUUAAGAGCCCAUAGUCACCACUUCUCACACAAAAGUCUCCACACUGUUUACGAAAAGCCCAAAGGUGCCCAUAACGAGCCCAAGCCCAUUAACUUCCUCAGCCCAAAAAGGUCAAACAAGCCAGCGGACCACCGAUCCCCUGACAGCAUCGAAGAACCUACUGCACUGCUCACCGCGCUCUAUAUCAGCUCACUCGCCGCGGUGUCUUACCGCGAUGGCAGUCCGUAA